AUGAGGCAGAUGGGACAACAUGACAGAGUUGGUGGAACCACAGUUUGUUUCGUGUACGCAAUACUGUUUCUCAAACUGUGGAGCUACGUACACGUAAAUUUGUGGUGCAGAAAAAAUUUAAAAAGACCUCGACAGGAAAAAAACAGACAGAGGAGACAAAGUUUAUCUGUAAGCUUCAAUGAAGGUGAGAAAAACGGUUCAGCCAAGUCUUUAGAGAAAGAUCCCAAGGGUAUUGUGAAAUAUCCUGACAACCUGAGCCUGAAAGACCUGUACUAUUUCCUGGUUGCACCAACUUUGUGCUACGAGCUGAACUUUCCCAGAACAUCGAGGAUUCGUAAACGUUUUUUGCUAAAACGUCUACUCGAAGUCGUCGUUGGAAUUCACGUAGUAAUGUCAUUGUUUCAACAAUGGAUGAUACCUUCUGUCAAAAAUUCCCUGACACCUUUUUCCACAAUGGAUAUUACGAAAAUUACAGAACGUUUGUUAAAAUUGGCUAUUCCAAACCAUCUAAUGUGGCUGUGCUUUUUCUACUUGACAUUCCAUUCGUUUUUAAAUUUAAUUGGUGAACUUUUGCAUUUUGCUGAUAGGAAUUUCUAUGCUGAUUGGUGGAAUGCUAAUAAUAUUGAUACGUUCUGGAGGACUUGGAAUAUGCCUGUUCAUAAAUGGUGUGUAAGACAUUUAUACAUUCCUAUAGUCGAGUUUGGUUGUGGAAAGUUUACAGCAGGCAUUGUUGUCUUUUUGAUAAGUGCAUUGUUACACGAGUACUUGGUGAGCGUACCCCUAAAAACCUUCCAAAUCUGGGCAUUCACCGGCAUGAUGGCACAGAUUCCUUUAUCCUUCAUAUCUCGAUUUAUGGAAAUAAACGUCGGACCCAGAUGGGGAAACAUCGUGGUAUGGUCCUCCAUAAUCCUGGGCCAACCUUUGGCCAUAAUGAUGUACUACCACGACUAUAUGAUAACCCAUUACGGCGACACAUUGGUCAACGGAACGAGUCAUUGAUAGGAAAAAAUUGUAAAAUCCAUUUGCAUUCCAUUAAAAUUAUUUUUGUAUAUAUUAAAUUAUAAAGCUA